AUGGAGACGCUCAGAGCGUUGUUCGUCAAGCCUGAUCCGCAGCAGCAGGUCUCUUAUCGCCAGCUGCGGAAAUGCAACGCCCUCAUACGUUCCAACAUCCGUAAAUUAGACCGCGACAUCAAUCAAGUCAGACAAGUGGAAGCCAAGACGAAGAACCUCAUCCUCCAGGCCGACAAGCGAGCGCAACGAGAUCCUACGAGGCAGAAGCAAGCACAGAAGGAGGCCCGCGAUUUUGCGCGCGAACUGAUCCGGGCAAGAAAGACUAGCAACCGGCUCGUCACCUCCAAGGCGCAGCUCAAUAGCGUGCAGAUGCAGGUCAACGAGGCCUUCGCCGUGCGCAAGAUUGAGGGUAGCAUCCGCGCCAGCGUCGGCGUUAUGAAGGAUGUCAACCGCCUAAUCCGCUUGCCUGAGCUGGCCGGAACGAUGCAGGAGCUGAGCGUGGAGCUGAUGAAGGCUGGUAUAAUCGAAGAGAUGGUCGGCGAAAGCCUGCCCGAGGACAUGGACGAAUUCGAGGAGGAGGAGGCUGAGGGCGAGGUCGACAAGGUGCUCGGGGAGAUCCUCAAAGAUCGCAUGCCUAAAGAGCAGAUGCCCGCGGCGCCGGUCCACCAGGAACCGAAGCCGGUCGAGGCCGAGGAGGAAGAGGAGGACGCCGAGGCUAUGAUGGACCAGAUGCGCAACAGGCUGGAGGCCCUGCGCAGUUAA